AUGCUCAAUCGGGAGCUCACCCACCUAUCAGAAAUGAGCCGGUCCGGCAACCAAGUUUCCGAAUAUAUUUCAAACACCUUUUUAGGUAAGCAAGUAUUCUACUCUUCCUCCCUCCCUGCCUCAUUUCAUUCUGCUAAUAAACAACAUGAAGUGGAGAUGCCAACACCGGCCCAAAAAGAGAAGGAAAAGAAGAAGAGACCCAUGUCUCAGAUUAGUGGUGUGAAGAAACUAAUGCACAGCUCUAGUCUCACAAACUCGAAUAUCCCCAGGUUUGGAGUAAAAAGUGAAAAUGAAGAAUCUCUAGCCAAGGAACUUGAAGAUGUGAACAAAUGGGGCCUUAAUAUUUUUAAAGUAGCUGAAUAUUCUGGAAACCGACCUCUCACAGUCGUCAUGCACACAAUAUUUCAGGAACGGGAUCUGUUGAAGACAUUUAAAAUACCGACAGACACUUUGAUUACAUACUUAAUGACUUUAGAAGACCAUUAUCACGCCGAUGUGGCUUACCAUAAUAACAUACAUGCAGCGGAUGUUGCUCAGUCUACUCAUGUGCUGCUUUCCACGCCAGCUUUGGAGGCUGUUUUCACAGACCUGGAAAUUCUCGCUGCAAUCUUUGCAAGUGCAAUACAUGAUGUUGACCAUCCUGGCGUCUCCAAUCAGUUUCUUAUCAACACGAACUCAGAAUUAGCCUUGAUGUACAAUGACUCAUCUGUUCUGGAGAACCACCAUUUAGCUGUGGGUUUCAAGCUGCUACAAGAAGAGAACUGUGACAUUUUCCAGAACUUGACCAAAAAGCAGAGACAAUCAUUACGGAAAAUGGUCAUUGACAUAGUGCUUGCAACAGAUAUGUCAAAGCAUAUGAAUUUACUGGCUGAUUUGAAAACAAUGGUUGAAACCAAGAAAGUCACAAGCUCCGGAGUCCUUCUUCUCGACAACUAUAAUGACAGAAUACAGUUCUUCAAAAACAUGGUACAUUGUGCAGAUCUCAGCAAUCCAACAAAACCUUUGCAGCUCUACCGACAUUGGACAGACCGGAUAAUGGAGGAAUUCUUCCGUCAGGGAGAUCGAGAAAGGGAGCGAGGAAUGGAAAUCAGCCCUAUGUGUGACAAGCACAAUGCCUCUGUGGAAAAAUCACAGGUCGGGUUCAUAGAUUACAUUGUUCAUCCAUUGUGGGAAACAUGGGCAGAUCUUGUUCACCCCGAUGCCCAAGACAUACUGGACACACUGGAGGACAAUCGAGAAUGGUAUCAAAGCACAAUUCCCCAGAGUCCGUCCCCUGCCCCAGAUGAGCAGGAAGAAGGCAGACAAGGUCAAACUGAAAAAUUCCAGUUUGAACUAACACUGGAAGAGGAUGGGGAAUCAGACACAGAAAAGGACAGUGGCAGUCAAGUAGAAGAAGACACCAGCUGUAGUGACUCAAAGACCCUUUGUACACAGGACUCUGAAUCUACUGAGAUUCCACUAGAUGAGCAGGUGGAAGAAGAGGAAAGCCAGACAGAACCUAGUGCAUUAGAGGGAGAGCAUUCCCCUGACACGUAA